UGCACAGAUGAUCUAACUUAAGAUAAAAAAUAUUUCACUUUAUAACAAACCUAUGGCUGAAGCUGGAGCAACAGGACAGGCCACACCAGAUUCCGAAUCAAGCAGCGCUUCCCAAUACGAAUGCAACAUUUGCCUCGACACAGCAAGAGAUGCAGUUAUUAGCUACUGUGGCCACCUAUUUUGCUGGCCGUGCUUGAACCAAUGGCUUGAAACGAGACCAAACCGACCAGAAUGUCCGGUUUGUUAAGCAGGGAUUGGAAGAGAUAAAGUCGUCCCACUGUAUGGCCGUGGAAGCUCCUCUACUAGCGACCCUCGUAACAAAGAACUUCCUCCACGCCCACAAGCGCAGCGACCUGAACCAGAGACGCGAUACAACGGUUUCAACGGAAUGAACUUUGGAGACGGAGGAUUUCAAAUGUCAUUCGGCAUCGGUGCUUUUCCAUUCGGCGUAUUUGGAUCUGUGUUUAACGUCGCCGACGGCCGACCACGAGCGCCACCUGCUGGUACUGUGCAAUACGAAGACGAGGAAAUGUUGUCUCGAAUAUUUCUUGGUAUCGCAGUCUUUUUAAUGUUCUGGUUGUUCUUUGCGUAGUUCUUUGUGUUUUAUUCUUCCAUUUUAAUAGUUUGUUGGUAUGAUACAUAUAAUAAUAAUGUUACAACGUAUGAACAAAAUUUGGUUAAGAUAAAUGAUAGCAUUAAACUUUGUAUGUGUUAAAUGUUAUCUUCCAAUGUGGUUAUUGGUCAUAUUAUAAAUGCAGAAACUCAUUUGUGACAAUAGCCGUCUUGGUGUACUAAAUGUUACAAUUAAUGUUAAAUGUACACCAAUGCAAAACUAGGAUGAGUUUGAAACUUUUUCAAAAGUUUGUUAAUUUUUCUCUGUUUUAAGCUUUGCAAAGAUAAUAUCAUCAUAAUUCUAAUUCUUGUUUUGUUUACCCUUUUAAACACUACAAUAACUAUUUAUUUAUCGUCUUUUUACAGAUAUACGGUUUAUAUUUAAUUAUGGUAAACAGGGGCGCCAAACUCUUUAUAAAUCCAUGUGGGCACAUGUUAAACGAAUUUCAUGUAUUUAGUUGUUUUAUGUUUACUGAUUAUUACAUUGUAAAACGUCCUGGGGUAAGCCUGCCCACCCUGCCACCCCAGGUUUGGCGCCUGUUUGUCAAAUAUUCAUAUGUCUGAUGUUUACAGAUUUUAGACCAGGUUCAAAAUUGCAAAAUAAUUUUCCUUUUUAUUUAUUGUGUUUUCUCACAGAACGGACAGAGACUAAUAAAUAAAACAUUUCUA